UGUUGCGUUUGUCGUAGUGGGAAGUGGAGGUGUCGCUCCUGCGCGCUCGGGACUUCGGCUCACGCUUGUCUGCUAGUUGUUCAAUUGAAGCCCUACCAGUGAUCAUGCUGAAGUGUCGGCGCGAAAGCCCUUGAUUACACGGACGUAGCAAACAUGGAGUGCCAUGGGUGUUUAGUGUGAGUGGGAAAAUAAGCGUAGAAAAGGAGAAUUGGGGGGAAGAAAAGACGAGAAUUGAGAAAAGGCCGAGAGGAGGAAGGACCUAAUCUCGGCAUCCCGAAGCCUCGUCGAUCUGCAGUGACAUGACGCGCCUGGCAUGAGCAAUGUUGACGUUGCUGCUGGUGGUGGGUGCGGUGACCUGCUCCCCGCUGCCCAGCGACUUCCCCGCCCACGCCGCCCAAGAUGCCGCCCACCACGUCGAAGUUACCCAUGAGGUGCGCCACGUCACGUUUGAAGUGAGCGAGGAGGUGAGCGACGUCACCGCCUCGUCUCAGGUCCCCUCCGCCGUCCCCCCCGAGGAUGACCCCCCCAUCCCCACGGCGACGACCCCACCGACCCUCCCCGACGCCCACCUCCCGCACCACGCGUCUCAGCUCGACCUCCAGCCCGCCCACCACACGCCGCCCGAGGAGCACGGACUGGAGAAGGAGCACGGACUGGAGAAGGAGCACGGACUGGAGGCGGAGCACGGGCUGGAGGAAGAGCACGGGCUGGAGGAAGAGCACGGGCUGGAGGAGGAGGAGCACGGGUUGGAAGAGAAGGAGCACGCCCCCGACACUGAAGGAUUCCUCUCCGACGACCCGUCCGUCGAGGACUCCGUGAAGGACGAAGGGAGUCUAGGCGUUCUCCAGGAAGACGAGGACGUGGAGCUAGAGGCUAAGGAGGAGGAAGGAGGCCUCGGGGAGGACACGGCAGCGGAGAGGGUCUCGGGGGAGAGCGCCUCAGGAGAACAUGACCCGCAGGACAUCGCGAGGGGCGUCGUCCCCGAAGACACCGCGGCCGAGGAAACCAGCCUGGCGGAGGACGCGUCGGCCGGCCCGGAACACCCACUUCCAGAAGGCCAAGAGGAGGAAAGUGCAACACACGGCGCCGAACUGCAAGAACACGUGACGGACGAAAGUGCAGUGGAGGAACAUGUGAGUGAGGAAAGUGCAGCUCAGGAGGAAACGCCAGAACAAAGUGUUGCCGAGGAAAAUGCCCCUGAGGAGAGCAUAGUGGUAGAAAAAUCGCCCGUGGAAAAUGUAGCGAUAGAAAGCAAACCAGAAGACUCAGUACCUGAAGACAGUGACCUUGAAGAAAGCAAAGCAGCUGGAAGCUCUUCAGAAGCAAAUACAACGAGUGAAGUCGCGCCAGGAGAGGAAAUAACAAACGAGAAUGGCCAGGCAGAGAGUGUCACAGUGGAAAGCGUGUCAGAAGAGAAGGCAGUCGAGAAGGAACCAGAGGAAGAGACGCCCGUACAUGCUGUCGAGAGGAUGCUAGCGGACGAGACGCGAGAGACCGUGUUUCUGGCCGAGCCCGUCGUCGAGGAAAGUGGCAGCAAGGAGGAAGAGAAUAAGACGGAAAGGGAACCUGUCUCGGAAAAGCACACCGCGGAGGAGGACGUAGCGGAGGAGGCCGCCCCGGGGGAAGGUGAAGAAAGCGGAGCCCAAGAGGACGUCCCACAAGACCAAGCUGCGGCAGAGGAGGAGGCGGAGAAGGAGGAGCUGGCUCCGGCGGCACAGGACGCGGUGAGUCCUGGCGGGGAGGAGGAGGAAGUUACAGCAGACGCAUCGGAGCAGGAAGUUAGCCAGGAAGAACCCAACUCAACAGAUAUCAUGGAUCCCAGGGUUAAGAAGGAAGUAGAGAUUACGGAGGAAGAAAAAAGAAGCGCUGAGGAAACUGCAGGGAGUGAGGAUAAACCCGAAGGCGAAAUCGUGCCCAUCGAUCUGGAAGCCUCGGAAGAAGAGGAGACGCAGCCGAUCCCGGUCGCGGCAGAAGGGGACCAUGCCGGGUCUCCCUCUCCAGCCGAAGGCCAGAGUGACCAGGGCGGCGUGGCCUUCGUCAACGAUGCGCCGUCGUCCCUGGAUAGCUCUGAGUUUUCCUCCGAAGACGUCCCCAUCCCGGUGGAGAGGCACGCGGACACCGAGAGCGACAGCGGGAUGGAGAUGACGCCGGCAGAAACUCCUCGCAAAUCCCGCAUCUACAUCGAGGAUGACUAUGAAGACCCCGCUCGCGCCACCCACCCCGAGGACCCCGCUGUUUCCGAGGACGCCGUUAAAGAGGAGAGCGAGCACAGAGUAGUCAACAGCGGCCUUGAGAGCAUGAGCAUGACCUCGCCGACUCCUGAGGUGCCACCGGAGAGUAUGCCGGUCGAGGUCACUGCCGAGGAAGACCAGGUCCCUCCUGCCAACAGCGAGGAAAUAGAAUCGGUCACUCCGCCCCUCGACGCCGCAGAGCCAGAGGAGAACGUCACCACAGUCAUCGAUAAGGUCGAGGAGCCUCCCGCAGUACACGAGACGGAGGAGAAAGUGAGCGUAGUCGAGGACGUUCCUCCGAGUUCGAGUGUUGCCCCAGCGCUCGCCGAGGACUACCCAGACUCCUACACUGAUCCUCUGGAUGUGGCCGACCUGCCUGACAUCGACGUGACGCACGAGAACUUGCCAUCCAAGGAACACCCUCUGGACAAGGGCGAGGAGACCGGCGCUGGCCAGCCCAGUGAUCAUGCAGGUGAGGUGGCGGGUGACUCCAGCGACCUGGCUGCGAGUGACCACAUGCUGGAGGUGGAAGCAGGCACGCCUCGGGUCCUGCCUCCCCAGCAGGAGCAGGUCAGCGCCGCAGCUCCCACGACCCUCACCGUCGGUUGCAUCAUCGGCAUCGUCUUCGGCGUCCUCAUGUCUCUAGUCAUUCUCGUCGGCGUCGGAGGUUUCGUCCUCUACCAACGACGAACUCUGAACCGCCCCAAAGCCCUGAACUCCGACCGAGGCUACGCAGGGAGUGACUCCGGAGGCUACAUCGACGACCAAGUGCGCGUUUCGUAUGUCAACUCGCAGAUUGACACGCCAAAGACUGAGUCCUCCAAGGCCUCGGAAGCUCAGCAGGUGCCUCAGGUUCUUAUUAUGCUGAAGAACCUGAAGCCGACCGUGUCUGCGGGGGCAGCGAGCAAGCUGAGGAACUCGCUGCCGUCCAUGCCCAGGAUUAGACCGAUCAAUUUGCCAAACGUUGGACAGUUCAUCUCGAAGCGGGAGCCCGGAGGAUCUAAUCAGCCUGGACAAUGAUUCCUUCCUCAACAGCCUUGAAUCCAUGACCAUCCAGAAUCUGUGGACUGACAACAUCCGACACACGAAGUUGUAGCUGUAUCUUGAGGGACAGGCUCAUGACGAUGCCUUUGCCAGGCGUCGUCUCCUUUUGUCUUUAUUCUAAGUCGAGUUUAAGUUAUUCUCAUCACUGAAACACCUUCAGAUAUGUUCUCUCAGUGAUAAGAACACUUUUUAUAAAGGCUUGAUGUAGAUGUUCAUUUUAGAAAAGACAGUCUCUUCCAAAGUGAUCUUAUCAUUAGAGAAUGUCGCUUAUUAAAUGUGGGAAUGUGAAUUAUUAAGAAAUUCCUUUAAAAUCAUGAAGAAUGAAUCUACGUAGAUGAAAUAAAAAGGAUCCUACAUGAGAGACCUUGCUAACAGGCCAUUCUGAGGAAGUUAUGAUGUCACAUGCAUAUUUUCAUAAUUUGAUUCAACCACAGGAAAUAUGAUGAUAAUAUUGAAAGUGCAUGAUUAUAGUUUAUUUUCAACAUUUCACAUAUAUCAUUAUGAUUAUUAAUGCAAGAAUUUUUCAUUUUUAACAUGUCUUCAGUGUUUAUUACAAUUGAUGUCAAUGAAUAUAAAUGUGUUACUUUCUAAACCACCACUUUUUUCAGUGUUUUAUUCAUAGAAUAAAGUAUGUGUAGUCACCAUGUUCUGAGCACAGAAAAUGAACCUGGAAGUGCAAAACUUCAAAGAGAAUUGUAAGAUUCUGUGAUUUUUUUUUUCUUUUUCUUUUCCUUUUUUCUUUUUUUAUUGACAUACUUGAUUGGUGAAGAUAAAAUGCCAUGUAUGUCAAGCUAUGCCAGUCCAGUUGCUUUGGUUAUUAGCAUGUAAUUGUGAAAGGUGACUAGAGGCUGCGGUAGAUACAUAAGUAAAUGUGUAGAGUACAGUAUACGUCAGGAAUAUUGAUUCUUCACUACUGGGAAUCUAAAAUUUGACACUGUAUAGUACAGGAAAAGAUGGUGCCCAUUGUUAUAGGACAGUUUUUAUUCAGUGAUUUACACAGCAGAGAAAAGUAUGUUAUGAUUUCUGCCAGAUAGUUAGGUAUUUUAUUAGAAUUAAAUGCAAUUAACUGUGCUGUUUUAUUUUUUUAUUAUUAUUGUUUUGUCCACUUUAGAUAAACUAAAGUUGUUUGCUGUAGGUAGUUUUCCAGUGUUUGAAUACGUUUUACAUAUCCAAAGAUUAUCACCGAUAGAUGCUGAGGAAUAUUACUCAAAUACCAGUUUUUAUGCUAUAAGCUUUGUUGUUCUAGCCAUUGUUGUGUGUAUUAGAAAGAUUUACUACAAAUAUUUUAGGACAUUUGCAGACUUUGAGUCCAAAUGCAGAGUCCCAAAGCAAGUUUGAUUCUCUCUAUGGGAGGUCAGUUAGGCUUUCAUCUUCAUGAUAACAGACACUUUUUUGAUAGUGCUGUCUAUAAAUUUUAUAUUACAACCAUCCAGAACCUAUGAUUGUGUCCUACAAUGCUACACCUCCAUAAUCUUGUAGUACAGUGCUAGGAAUGAAAAAGUAUGUGUGAAUGAACGUAUGUAUGUAUGUAUAUAUGUGUGCAUGUAUAUGUAUGGAGAGAAUACACAGAGACAAAUGUUUCAAAGAGUUAUCAAUAUGGAGUAGUUUCAUAGAGUAUGAUAUAUAAUUAAAUGUCAAUAUUCAUUGUCUUCAUGAAUAUUGACAUGUAACAAUUUGCAGUCUAAAAUUAUUCAUUCUUAUUUGUAAUGCUUUGAACACUGUUUGUCUGUGUGUAUGGUGGUGUUGUUUGUGUUUGCCUGUGUAUGCAUAUUUGUGUGAAAAUGUGAGUAUUUGCUGGUAUGUUCCAGGCAUAAUGUUUACCUUAGAUAGUAAGGUAUAUUAGUAAUCUAGUAUCAGUUAAGGGUUGAAAUAUAGAAAGCCACAUCUUAAGUCAUAUCUCUCCUCUUGGGGUCAACCUGGUAUUGACUGUGAUGGGGUAUCCAACAUCCGUGGCCAAGUGUUCAGUAUUUUAUGUAUAUAUAAAGAUUAUAUGAAGAUUACGUUAACCCUAAUAGAUCAGUGAAGUGUGCGUGCAUGCAUGUAUGUGUGCUGGGAUGUUUUAUUGCAUCUAGUAAAUUGUAAUUUCUUUUUAUUUCUUUAAAUUAUAUCUGAAUGAUUGGUUUUUGCAAACAUCUCUUAUUGCAUCUCAAAAAAAAUAUUUAGAUAUAAAAAAAAAAAAGAUAAUACUUUCAUAUGGAAGUGAUUUAAUCAUAUUAUUCCCAAACAAUUUGGAAGCUGUAAGUUGUAAUCCUAUUCUCCAAUCUAGAU